AUGGAUGAGCAAAGGGAGAGGGAGAUGAUCACUAAGCUCAACAAGCUAUUCCGGGAGUUUGUACGACAAGUGGAGGAGCAGGUGUGGUCGCAGUAUGCUCCCAACUUGGAGUUUGACAUGCCUUAUCGCGAGCUGGGGUUCACUGGUACUCCUAAUAAAGCGCAUGUGGACAUCUACCCUUGUCGGGACUGUAUAGUUGCUCUCUCGGAAUGGCCGGCUUAUGUGCUUAGUCUUAGGAACAUCGAUAUCGUAUAUUUCGAAAGGGUAUCAUUCAAUCUACGAAACUUCGACAUGACAUUCAUAUUUAAAGACUAUACGCAGACACCAGCUAGGAUAUCUAUUAUACCUACAGAGAGUCUUGAUCAGAUCAAGCAGUGGUUGGGAGAAUUAGGGAUUGUAUGGUAUCAGGGGCCGACCAACAUGAACUGGACUAACAUUAUGAAGGAAAUUAAUAAGAAGAAGCAAGCAUUCAUCGACAACGGCGCUUGGGAAGGAUGGUUUGGCGAGUCUGUUGACGAGGGUAGUAUCCGAGGAUCUGACGAUGGCAUGGAUGAGGGCGAUGAGGAAUACACUGAAAGUGAAGACAGUGAUGUUGAAUCGGAGGCUGGGGGCUCUGAAUACAAAGGGGGCGGCUCUGAUAGCGAUUCGGGAAGCAGCUUUUUGGUUGAUGAGGAAUCCGAUUCCGAUUCGGAGGUGUCCCUGGCAUCGGACGAAUCGGAGGGACUGAGCUGGGAUGAGCUGGAGAAGAAGGCGGCCAAUGAGGAUCGAAAGCGACGUCGUAGUCCUGAGAGUUCAGAGAAGAAAAGGCCUGUGUCGAAGAAGAAGAGACGAUGA